GGCCAAGCCGGGCGGCGGCUCUCCAGGGCGAACCAUGGACAGCCAGGGCAGGAAGGUGGUGGUGUGCGACAACGGCACUGGGUUUGUGAAGUGUGGCUAUGCGGGCUCUAACUUUCCGGAACACAUCUUCCCAGCUUUGGUUGGAAGACCUAUUAUCAGAUCAACCACCAAAGUGGGAAACAUUGAAAUCAAGGAUCUCAUGGUUGGUGAUGAGGCGAGUGAAUUGCGCUCCAUGUUGGAGGUUAACUACCCUAUGGAGAAUGGCAUCGUACGGAACUGGGAUGACAUGAAGCACCUGUGGGACUACACAUUUGGACCAGAGAAGCUGAAUAUAGACACCAGAAACUGCAAGAUUUUACUCACAGAACCUCCCAUGAACCCAACCAAAAACAGAGAGAAGAUUGUAGAGGUAAUGUUUGAAACUUACCAAUUUUCUGGUGUGUAUGUAGCCAUCCAGGCAGUUCUGACUUUGUAUGCUCAAGGUAAGUAAAGCUUAACUUUUAAGAAAAUUAAUUUAGCGAGCACUAGUGUGUAUAUGUGUUUGUGUGUGUUGUUUUGUUCCAUUUGUUUUUCAA